AUGGGAUUACUACAUGACCUUACCCAGAGACCUUACUCACAAAAAAAACCGAGGAGUUCCUCGUCAACCGGAAAUGGCAUAGCAUACGAAGAAUGCAGAACGAAAUUGAGCCAACGUGUGUCUAUUCACGUUGGAGUUUGGACUAGGAAGAAGCAUGGCGAUGCGGAUUCCUUCAGAAAGUGCAUUCAGGACGCUGCAAAGGAGACGCUCCCGGUUCUAAUGCGGUGGAAGGAGUUUGCCUUCGCAUAUGUGGAGGCAAGAUCCGCGUACAAUUCUGAAUGUGUCGCCCGCAGUGCCGGUGAUUUUAACCAAGAAAAGCAUCUGAGCAGGGACACUGGAGAAGCAAUGCGCGACGAGCAAGCUGGCUUUCGUCCUGGCCGAUCUACGAUUGACCAGACUUUGAAUGAGCUUUCUACUCUCUUCAUCGAGGCCGUCUUCUCAACGCACUCCGCCCCGAUGGAGUUACCAGGAGAGUUCUUUCGCUUGCUUGAUGACAUGAAUCAACGAGGAACUGCUGCACACACUACCCGGAUUUACAACACCGUUUGA